UAUUUUCAAUAGCCAAAGAGCAAUAUUUGACAUCCAUAUAAAUUUGUGUCUCUGUCAUAUAGACCAACAAGACCGUCAGUUAUCAUCACCAAAACAUGGCUGAGGGAGGGAUGUGCAGCUCAACACUACGGAAGUUCGGCGAAAUUCAUCUACAAUGUCCAAUUUGUCUCGAUAUUUAUCGGAAGCCUAAGACUUUAACCUGUCUGCACAGCUUCUGUGAGGAAUGUCUUGUCUCUCUCGCAAAAUCAGCCGAGGAAUACGUCAGGUGUCCCCUGUGCAAAGACUGGACUGUUAUUCCGACGGGUGGCGUUAUCAAUCUGCCCACGGAUUUUAGACUGGAGAGCAUGAAAGAAACGGUGCUGCAAAACCAGACGCAGGCAACACCGACCUGCACCUCUCACGCUGGAAAAAGAUACGAAGUUUACUGCGCAACCUGCUCCGAGAUCAUAUGCGUGGCGUGUAUUACGGAAUCCCAUAAUCGCCAUGAUCUGAAGGAAAUAGCUGACACGGUGGCUACUGCAAAAAGAGAUUUCAUGAGAGAUUUCUUGCCGAUGUACGAAACAUCUCUCGCGAAUGUCGAAGAGACUUUGGGGACAGUCUCGGGAAUUAAAAAGGAUUUGCUGACAACGGUUGAAAUAAUCCGACAACAGAUCGCGGACACAUCUGAGCGUGAAAUAGACAGAGUGAUGGCAGCAAAUCGUCGCAUCACUGACAAACUCAUUCAGAUCCAGACGACGAAAGAAAAUGACUAUGCCGAGCUCACAAAAGACUUACUCUCCCUGAAGAAAGACCUAGAGGAUGCGAUCGGAUACUCCACGGGCGAAAUGCCAAAGAGCGAUUACGAUUACUUCAGAAAAUUUCCAGAAAUGAGCCGCGGUUUCCGAUUGUUCGCAGGCCGUAGUCAAGUGCCCCGCAUCUUGCCUUGCGUGCCGCUGGUAAAGUUCAAACCAUCUGCAGAGCCAGGCGAAGACAUCAGUCUCGGUCGCUUGUCGACGAGUUUUGAGAGAGUGAAAUAUGUCUCAAUUUUUGAUUUCGAUAAAGACGACGAUGAGGACGACGAUGGUGGUGAUGGUGAUGGUGAGAGUAAGGUGGAGGGUGAGGGUGAGUAAGGCUGCGAAGACGAGGAUGGUGAUGCAGUGAAUGAAACUGACAG